UGUGAAGUUGAUCCGUAAAGAACAGAAUUAUUAAAUUAUUGAUUUAUGUUUCAGGAGAAGAAAAAGGCUCUAAUUCAAAAGAGGAGGGAAUUAUUUGACAAGAAUUAUUUAUUUCUCCCUCUGAACUGUAAUUUUAACUUUAAGAAAAGGAAGAAAGGGAUCCAUAGGAUUAAUUCUGCUGGAAAUGGCGUCUGGUCGAAAAAAACAAAUCCUCGCUUUGCUGAAAUGGAGAAAAGGUAAGAAACAGAAAACUGAAGAAGAAGAAGAAGUUGUGACUCCAGAUGAUAUAGAUUUUGGCUCUUAUCAACAGAAACAAAUGUCCUCAUUGUUUGGGAGGAGUCAGUCAGAAGACUCAGGUCUGGACCUAUCAAACUCUUCCUAUCAAUUUCAGAAAAAGUUUGAUGAACUAGAGAACACCUCCAUCCAUAGCAGAAAAAUAUCAACUAGCUCUGACCUCUACUCUGACUUAUCUUAUGACAGUAGGACAGUGCUGUUGCCAAGGACCUACAGUUUUACUGCUCUCUCAGGUGGUCAGCAUGAACCUAAAGCAACAGCAUCUUCAUCAGAAGAGGAUGAUGAUUUCUUUGGCUUGAAAGACAUCAUACAAACAAUUAAUUCACAAUAUAGUCUCCCAGAGUCGAUAGAAACAACGAAGUCUGAUUUUGCAGAUGUUACAAAGAGUGAAAUAGGAGAAGAGAAAAACCAUAGAUUAAGUUCAAAUAACUGGCGCAAUGAGAACAAAUGGAAAACCAAGGAGGAGCAUGUCAUUUUGAGAAGGCAUCAAACAAUACUUGGGUUCCAUGAACAAGUUAAGAAAAGUAGCCUCCGAAGCAAGAUUGGUGUUUCUGGACCUUCUAAUAAAGGAAUGGGAAUAUUGAACAGAAUCUGUAAUAUGAUGGAGAAGAUUACUGAACUGGAGAGAGAUCGAAUGGUGCUGCUGAGGCAAAACAAUGAACUUCAGCAUCAGUUAUCUCAAAGUCAACAGACGGAAGCCACAUUUCUUAGCUGCUGUACCUGUGGUGCAGGAGCUAAGGUGAGUGCUUCUCACAUUAUUCCACGGCAAACCAUUUGUUCCAGACAGAUGCUGACAAGGAACAACCCAAUAACAGAAGUAAAGAGUCAGGUUUCCCUUGGCCCAUCUUCAGAAGCCAGUGCAGGAUUUGAACAGUUCAAUAGCUCUCAACCCACAUUUACUGAUGUUACACAGAAACCUCCGGAAACACUGUAUCUUGAAUCUAAAAGUGAUCAAUGUGUUAGCAGAAUGUGAAUGACAAAACAUUACGCAAGGAAUUGUGUCAGACAAUCAACUUUGAAUUUUUUGUCCCAAUUUAUUUAACUUUCACUCAACAUCCAUAAAUAUGCAUUUCCCGGAAACAGUACUUAAAGAUUGAGCAGGAAUCUAACAAUAGUAGUGCUCCUAGGAUCAUUAUCAUUACCCUGCUUUGACCUGCCAAGUUAGCACAGACAAGAGAACAAGUCUGAAUUUGCAAUCUACUUUGUGAAGUAUCACUGCAUGGUACAAUCUCACAGCUUUAGAACUUAAUGAAUUGUUCUUGCAAUCUAUAAUACUUACACUGUGGUAUGGGUGGGAAGUGACGAAUCACUGAGCAUGUACCAAUAGUACGGGAAGAAUGUUCAACUUUAGUGGAAAUGUUCAAUUUUAGCAGUAUUUGAACAGCAAGUCAUUAAUGCAUGCUGUUCUAUUUACCCAUCCCUUAUGCAGCACUAAGGACCCAGUCUGAUAGCAUCAGUUUGAGAAUACACAGAAGUUAUAAUUUUUGCUCUAUGUACCUGGGUACUAUGGACUAAAAAAAAAGAACUUUGCUGUCACUGAAAUUGUUGAAAAGGAUAUAUUCAUCUAUAAAAAUUCACAACAUGCGUUCCAAAUAAAAUCAGCCUUGUUUCAUUUCAACGGAAUAACCCCUCCAAAACUUACUUUAUGAUAUAGAAAUGACUAUUGAUAUUAUUGCCCAAAUAUUGAGCAUACUUUAACUAAAUCUCAGCUUAAACCAUGUUGAGAGAAAUUUGGUACAAAUGCUUAAGGGGUUUCUACAAUGAUAUUGUAAUAGCAACCACUACUUGAUACAUUUCUUCAAUCCAGCCCUUCCAAACGUAAAGGUCUGCUCAGUUAUGUUGCAAAUUUUUGUGCAUUUAGCUAUAAAAUUUCCCUUUGUUGUUCCAUUUAUAAAUACCAGAACAAAUGGACAACUUCAGGGACUGAAGUUACCAGUUGAUUGUAACAGAAAACAACUUGGUUGGUACAAGACAAAUUCACGACAUCAGGGUCUUAUCUAAUAUUAUAACUCUUGGGUGUUCUAGAACUAUAGAACUGCAAUCCUAAUUUUGUAAUUUCGAGAUUAAAAUGCAGUACUGACAGAAA